CGCUCCUCACUCGUGUCAUGUCCUCGCUGUUUCCUUGUCACGUACGUUCACGCGGUAGGUAUGUAGCGGUGCUAUAUAAUAUAUAUACAUUCAUGGAUCUCGGAUGGACGCUCGGUUCCGUUGUAGUGCGCAGCAGGGUUGUCGAUGAGCAGAAGAGUGGCGGCCGCAUUGGUGGUGCUGUGUGCAGCGACGACGGUGGCGGUGUUGGCCGGUGACGAGGAUGAUAUCACGCUUCCCGGCUGCAGGAGCCGGUGCGGGAACAUGAGCAUCCCGUACCCGUUCGGCGUGGAGGCCGGGUGCUACCUCCCCGGUUUCAACGUCACCUGCAGGAGGAGGAACGGCGAUGGCCCAGCGGCGGCGGCGGAUGAGCUGCUGUUCCUUGGCGACGGCACCGUGCAGGUGCUGGAGAUCUCCAUCCCCAACGCCACGGUGCUCAUCAACUCCAGCGCUGGCUACUUCGAUGGCGACAAGUACGUUUCCUUGUCCAGUCCGGGCACAUGGAGCGGCGCGCUCGGGAGCGGCGACGGCGACGGGGUGGGGGUGUACAGUCUAGCGUGGGGGAGGAACAAGCUCUUCGCUAUGGGGUACAACGUGCAGGUCCGCCUGGAGGCGGAUAACGAAACCUCCAGCGUCUGCGUCUCCUUGUUCUUCGAGGGCAACUUCGCCGCGCCGACCGACGACUGCGCCGGCUUCCUCUGCUGCCAGUCUCCCAUCUGGGAUCAGCGCACAUCCUACAGGUUCAAGGCCCUCUCGCUGAAUGGGUCGGCGGCGAGCCUCGAAUCUGACACCUAUGCCUGGAUAUUGGAUUCCGAGUUGCGCUUCCAGUACGGCGCGCCGCAAAAGGACGCGCUGACACUGCCGGCGUUGCUGGACUGGAGGAUCAACCACACGACGUGCCACGCCAACGCUUCUUCGCCGGCGUGCCGCAGCAGGCAUAGCUUCUGCCAUGACGGGUCCCUGGAAGUGUGCCGCAGAAACGACUCCCUUUGCCACAACUCGACUGCUGGCUUUGGUAGGGCGCACAUCUGCCGGUGUGACGAGGGAUACCGAGGCAACCCUUACCUUCCCAAUAAUGGAUGCAAAGAUGUCAACGAAUGCGACCAUCCAGACACCUACCCUUGUCAUGGCAUCUGCACCAACACUGACGGAGGAUACAAGUGCGAAUGCGUUCCUGGCUUCGCGGGCAAUGCUUCUGUACCAACUGGAUGCAAAGACAUCGACGAGUGUGCUCAUCCUCAUCUCUACCCAUGUUAUGGGGUUUGCCUAAAUAAGAUGGGAUCUUUCGAUUGCCAAUGCAAAAGGGGAACAUAUGGUGAUCCCUUCACAAAGGGGGGCUGCAGUUACCUCACAGUUUGGGAAAUGGGGUUAGCAAUUGGUGGUGGAACAGGAUUUUUGCUUUUGGCACUUGGGGCACCCAUCAUAUCACGUAAAAUCAAGCUACAUAAGGCUAAAAGGAAAAAAGAGAGAUUUUUCAAACAAAAUCAUGGCCUGCUACUACAACAAUUGGUAUCACAAAAUUCAGACAUCAGUGAAAGGAUGAUCAUUACCAUUGGGGAGCUAGAGAAGGCUACAAACAACUUCCAUCCGUCUCAUGAAGUCGGUGGUGGAGGGCAUGGUGUUGUGUAUAAAGGACUUUUAGACCUACAAGUUGUUGCCAUCAAGAAAUCAAAAAUUAUAGUAAAAAGAGAAAUUGAUGAUUUCAUAAAUGAGGUUGCAAUUCUUUCACAGAUCAACCAUAGGAAUAUUGUCAAACUCCUUGGUUGUUGUCUUGAGGCAGAAGUUCCACUAUUGGUGUAUGAGUUUAUAUCAAAUGGCACUCUUUCGCACCAUCUCCAUGUUGAAGGAACAAUUUCACUCUCAUGGGAUGACCGACUAAGGAUUGCCCUCGAAAUUUCCAAAGCUUUGGCUUAUCUACAUUCAUCAGCUACAACACCAAUACUUCACAGAGACAUCAAGUCAUCUAAUAUACUUCUUGAUGAUAAUUUAACUGCAAAGGUAUCAGACUUUGGUGCUUCAAAGUACAUCCCAAUUGAUCGGACUGGAGUGACUACUGAUGUGCAAGGAACCUUUGGCUACUUAGAUCCAAUGUAUUAUUAUACAUCCCGACUAACUGACAAGAGCGAUGUUUUUAGUUUUGGUGUUCUUCUUAUAGAGUUGCUUACCAGAAAGAAACCAUAUGCCUACAGAUCCGAUGAUGGUGAUGGUCUCGUUUCAGAAUUUUCAUCAUUGCUAGAUCAAGGGACCUUGGUUGACAUUAUAGAUCCUCAAAUCAUGGAGGAGGAUAAACAAGUCGAUGAAGUUGCCAAACUAGCAGCAAAGUGUACAAAAUUGAGUGGAGAAGAUCGGCCGACAAUGAGGGAAGUUGAGAUGGCACUUCAAAACUUAAGAGCCACAGAGAAGCAUGCUCAUAAUAAUACAACAUCAACGAAUAAAUAUGAAAAAGGUAAAACCUCUCAGUACAUGCCAUUUGGGGGGCUCGCCAUAGAAACAAGUAGACAAUAUACUAUGGAAGAGGAAAUGUUGUUGUCAGCAAGGUAUCCACGAUGAGAUCCUCUUGUGGCCAGAAGAAUAAUGCCGCUUUUUGUACCCGUUUACUUUCCAAAUAAAUGCAUGUAUCAAACCAAAGGACAAUUGUUCCUCUUGUUCGAUCCUCUUUUGAAUGAUGCCCGAAAAUUUUCUUGGGGAUGUGCUGCCCAAAAAUUUCUUCAGUUAUUUUAAGAUUUCACCAUUCUAAGUGGUGUGAAAUGAUGGUUACUUCUUCCUCUCCUGUUUUAUUAUCACAACAAAUUCUUGUUUACGUGUAUGUAUAUAGUUUGAUGUCCUUUUUAGUUACAACA